UAACAAAAACCUGGAGUGGUCGAAUAUAUUAAGAUGAAACGCUGAUGAUAUUGCCGUUAUUGUUGGUCUACAGAUGAUUCAACAUAUAUGUGUAUAUAUUAUUCUUAAUAAUUUAAAUUAUUUGCUUCAAAGUUAAUCCAUAUGAACAUGGAUUAUCCAACAGAAGAAGAAUUGUAUGAGCUUCAACAUCAAGAUGAAUUGGAUGCUUUAAAUGAUAUAGAACCAUCUGACCCUUACGGAAAUGAUGAUUUUGAUCCAUUUUCAAUUUACUCAAGCAGAGAACCUGUAUCAAAGAAAGCAAAAGUGAAUGAUUGUGAUUCAAAUCAGAAUGUUAGUACUUCUAUUAUUGGUUCCCAUGAACAUUUGCAAAAUAAAAAUUUCAGGACUGGUGAAGAUAAGUCUUCUAGUUCUGCUUCUGUUUCUUGUGGUUCUCCAAAGCAAUCAAAAGAACAUUCAGAGAAUGCUGUUGAGAAUUCUCCUAAAAGUGCAGAGAGAAGCACAUUGGAAGGUUCCUGUUACUCUUCUUGGACUACUUCUAAUAUUAAAAGAAAUCUUUUAUUUGAGUUGAAUAAUACAGAAGAAAAUCUUGAUUGUGAUGAAUCUUUAACAUCCCAAACAGAGAAAAGAAAACUUAGUGAUUUAUCAGAUGACAGUGUACAGUCAGGAAAUACAGGGAAAAGAAGAUGUAAUAUUAGUGAAUCAGAAAUAGAUAUUUCAAGUAUUCCUUCAACAUCUACUCAACAACCAUCUUAUUCAAGAUCGUUUUUAAAUAGUUCAAAGGAAACACUAACUCUUACUCGUUCAGAUGGACAGAGAAUUUAUUUUUCAUUGAAUGAUGAAGAUGAUGAUUCUAAUAAAAUUGAAAGUUUCAGUCAGAAAACUAGCUGUUUACUUCAAAUACCAAUACAUUUUCUUAAAUUUCAAUAUUUUGCCAUGGAAGAGAAAGCACUGAAAGAACAAGAAGAGGCACAAAUGGAGAAUGACUGUGUAAUGCUUGAAGAAAAUAAAGAAAAUAUUCCUGAGCAUUCAUUAUGGGUUGAAAAAUAUCGCCCCUUAUCAUACAUGCAUCUCCUAAGUGAAGAGGGCAUCAAUCGCACUCUUUUACAAUGGUUAAAAUUAUGGGAUAAAGUUGUGUUUGGAAAAGAAAAGAAAGCCAAGAAGAAAGUAGCAGAGCCAAAAAAACCUAACAAAUAUCAGAAGACUUGGGGGGAAUUAAUUGAGGAUUUAGAUGAGCAUGGAAGACCUUACCAUAAGGUAGCAUUUUUAUGUGGUCCACCUGGUUUAGGAAAAACUACAUUAGCUACUAUAAUUGCCAGACAUGCUGGUUAUAAUGUUGUAGAAAUAAAUGCGAGUGAUGACCGAAAUCCUGAGGCAUUCAGAACAGCUUUGGAAGCUGCUACUCAAAUGAAAUCUGUUUUGCAUCAAGAUCAUCGUCCAAAUUGCUUAAUAUUGGAUGAAAUUGAUGGUGCUCCUGCUGCAUCUAUUAAUGUUUUGAUUUCUUUCAUCAAAUCUGCUGGCAUUCCAAAAGGCCAAAAACGUAAGAAAGGAGAUAUUCCUCUACUUACAAGACCAAUUAUUUGUAUUUGUAAUGAUCAGUACAGUGCUGCUUUGAAACCACUUAGACAGUUAGCUUUGGUUUUAAAUUUUCCUUCUACAGCAACAUCUCGUUUAGCUUCUCGAUUACAAGAGAUAUCUUCAAAAGAAGGUUUACAUGUAGAUAUGGCUGCUUUGACUUUACUUUGUGAAAAAACCUGUAAUGAUGUUCGAUCAUGUUUGUCAACUUUGCAGUUUCUUCAUAGAAGCAAAAAGGAACUGAAGUUAUCUGACCUAGAGGGUUUACAAAUUGGUCAAAAGGAUAUGCAGAAAAGUCUUUUUGGAGUAUGGCAGGACGUAUUUUAUUACAAAGAAAAGAAAUCAUUUUCAAAUGUGUUGAGUGUAUUGCAAGCAUUUGGAGAUUAUGAAAAAGUCUAUAUUGGAUUAUUUGAAAAUUAUCUAAAUAUUAAAUUUAAGCACAGGAACUUAGAUUCAGUUUGGAUGGGCUCAGAAUGGCUUUGUUUUGUUGAUAUAAUACAGCAACAGAUUGCUCACCAGCAGCUUUUCUUCUUAAUACCAUAUCUUCCAUAUCCAGCUGUAGCUUUUCAUGUACUUUUUGCAUCUAAUUCAUAUCCACAUAUGUCUUAUCCAACUGCAUUUUACGAAAAUAGAGCAAAAGUGUCUCAGUUGAACAACACCUUAACAAGUUUAAUCAAAGAUAUAACAGCAUCUUUGAAAACAUUUCUGAAUUCUGCCAUCUUAUUGACAGAUGUAUUCCCUUUUCUGGUUGAAAUUAUCAAACCUAAUUUAAGGCCUGUUAAUACACAGUUGUACAGUGAACGAGAAAAGAAUGAGCUAAGACGAGUAAUUGAGUUGAUGUUAGCAUUUAAUCUUAACUAUCGUCAAGAAAGGUCACUAGAAGGAACCUACAAUUAUGUUUUAGAUCCAAACAUUGAAGAAUUAAUUAGAUUUAGUGAUAUUAAAACAAAAAACGUUUUAACUUAUUCAGCAAAGCAGAUGAUUGCGAGAGAGGUGGAAAUGGAACAAAUGAGAAAGGGAGAUUCUGCUUCAGAUGAAAAAGCAAAAAACGUUUCAAAAGAAAAAGUUUCUGUUCAUAAACCAGAGCCAAAAAUAUUUCAGCAGAAGGAAAUUUCUGAAAGGCCUGUUUUGGAUUUCUUUGGGAGACAAAUUAUUCCAACUGCAAAAGAGGACACUGAAAACAAGAAAGAUCCAAGGGAUGAAGAAGUCUGGUUCCACUUUAAAGAAGGGUAUAGCAAUGCCGUACGAAGAACAGUUCAUAUAAAAAAUUUGUUAUAAUAGUUAUUUUUACUUUAUUUUGCAGUUGUUAUUUGUUAUAUGACUAUUUUUAUAAAACAUAAUUUAUACAGAACUAUCACCGCUUUCACUGAUUUAACUUUACUUUC